AUGUCUCCGGAAAAAUGGGAAGCCCCGCAGCCGGAACAUCCAUCAAUAUCCUCUGACGAAGAAGCGCGGCCCAAAGAGGAAAUCGAAACGCCUCUACGAGGCCCUUCACCGGAGCCUGAGUUGAACGAUGUCGACCGAGAAGCGCCGCAAGGCGCGUUAGCCAAGACAGUAUCGCUGGAAAAGCAGGUGUCCCUAUCGCGAGAGAUCCUGGUAGUCGGACUCAUUGUGCUGGCUCAAUUCACUACGCAAGUCGGUCUUGGUCAGUUACUGUCCAUCAUUCAUGUGAUUGGGGAUUCGUUCGGCAUUACCGAUCCUGGCGUUCUGAGCUGGCUGAUCGCAGGCUAUUCGUUGACCGUCGGCACUUUCAUCCUGUUCACGGGUCGAUUGGGAGAUAUCUUCGGAUGGAAGAAGAUGCUCAUCAUAGGCUACGUCUGGUUCGCAGUCUGGAGCCUGGUAGCUGGGCUGUCUGUCUACUCGAACCAUGUUCUCUUCAUCUUCGCGAGAGUCCUGCAAGGCAUUGGACCUGCGAUUUGUCUUCCCAAUGCAUUGGCACUGCUCGGAGGUCUCUAUUCCACGGGCAAGAGGAAGAACAUGGCGUUUGCAGUCUUUGGAGCCUGUGCGCCUGGAGGCUCGAUCGUUGGAGCAGCAAUGGCGGGCGUGUUUGCGCUGGCCUGGUGGCCUUGGACUUUCUGGUCAAUUUCCAUUACUCUCUUCAUCAUCGCGAUCGUCGCUGCGUGGGCCAUCCCAGACCCCCAAGACCACAAGCCUGGCAUCAAAGGAGCUGGCAUGAUGGGCGGCAUCGCCGAGCUCGACUUUUUCGGCGCUAUCAUUGGAGUCCUCGCCCUUGUGCUCUUCAAUUUCUCGUGGAACCAAGCACCAAUUGUCGGCUGGCAAGAGCCUUACAUCAUCGUCACGCUCAUCCUCGGCGUUCUGCUUGUCCCCGUCUUCUUUUACUACGAAAUCAAAAUCGCCGAGCAUCCCCUCCUACCCUUCGACGUCUUCACAAGCAGCAAUGGCUUCGUCCUUGCUUGUGUAGCAUGCGGCUGGGCCAAUUUCGGAAUCUGGGUCUACUACUUUUGGCAAAUCCUCCUCGUCUUGCGUGGUGCUUCACCACUCCUGGCUUCCGCUUACCUCUCUCCUAUCCCCGUCAGCGGAGGGAUAGCCGCCAUCGUCACCGGUCUAGUCCUCCACAAAUUGCGCCCAGCAUGGGUCAUGGUCAUCGCACUCUGCUGCUUCCUCACAGGCGUCAUACUAGUAGCCACUCUGGAUCCACUACAAAUCUACUGGGGCCAAAUAUUCGUCACGUGCCUCGUCGCUCCCUUUGGAAUGGACAUGUCGUUUCCAUCGGCGACGAUCGUCGUUUCGGACUCCGUGAAAAAGGAACAUCAAGGCGUAGCAGCCAGUCUGGUCAAUACGAUUGUCAACUACAGUAUUUCCCUCGGUCUAGGGUUUGCAGGAACCGUGGAAGUGCAUGUCAAUAACGGAGGAGCGACUUGGGAGGACACGCUGAAAGGGUACCGAGGGGCCUUGUAUAUGGGCAUCGGUCUUGCGGGCUUGGGGGUGUUUAUCGCGAUUUGUUUUGUCAGUAACAGCUAUUGGGAUGACAGGAAAGCUUCGAAGCGACAGGCGCAAGAACAGAAUGGGGAGCCUGAGCGAAAGGCAUAG